AGGCAGGAAGAAGGAUAGUUGUAGUAAGUAACUGCAUUGAGGAUCACGCAAUAACUACCCACGCGACCACCUAUCCCUAGUUCCUUCUGAUUCAACUAUUACUUCUAAGUAGAAGUACAUUUACAACUAGUCCAACGUCGCUGUCAUCAUCCUUCGUAGUCCUAACCGAACCAACUAGCAGACAAAAUGCCGCGUCAAGGAAACAAGCGAAAGAAGACUAGGACGCACAUCAAGCCUGCGGGCGAGGCUGACCCCAAUGCGGCUCUCCAAGAGGACAAGACACCGCGUUGCUUCGUCGUGCGCCGUGGCAAGAUCGAGAAGGGCCUGCAGGAACUAGUCCAGGACUUCCGAUAUGUGUGUGCCCCCAACAGUGCCAUCAAAUUGAAGGAAUCCCGCAUGAACAAGUUGCGCGAUUUCGUCAACGUCGCUUCCCAUUUUAAGGUGACACAUGUGAACACUUUUAGUCAGACCAAGGGCGCGUCUGGAGGUGCGAGUACGGGUGAUCUGACGUCAAGGAAAACUUCGUCGAGUGCAUCUACUGCGAUUGCUGGUGGAACAUGCUUGUUCCGAGUUGGUCGCUUGCCGCGUGGACCGACUUUGAGCUUUGUUUUACGCGAGUUCACGACAGUGAAGGACCUGAAAGCGGCACAAAAACGACCACGAUCCGCCAGUGCCAAAGAAUUCAACGUGGCGCCAUUGCUUUUGUUAAACGGUAUGCGCCUGAACUAUAAGCAAGAAGACGAACAACAAGAGGAUGAUGAGGAGAAAAAGUCCUCAAGUGCCAACAAAGCGGCCAGGAACAAGGCUAAAGCACUCGAAUUGAUUGGAACGACAUUGAAGAACAUGUUUCCGGCUGUUGACGUGAACACGUUUUCCACCAGGAAUUGCAAACGCGUAGCCCUCUUCCACUACGACCACGACAAAGAACUGCUGCACUUCCGACACUACGCAGUGGCUGAGAACCGAAAUGCACAAGUUUCUAGAACAGUCCAGAAACUGUUGAAACCGAAGUUCCUGAAGAAGAAGACGGAUGUGGCGAGCUAUAUCGAGAACAGAGGCGACUACGACUCAGACAGCGACGCAGGCGAUUCAGUCGUGCUUGAAGAGAGUGCGCCAUUGCCAACGAAUAAAGGUACUAGUAAUAUUUAUUACUUGAUGCUGGAAAAGGAAAUGGAUUGAAGAUUUGAUCAUUCGAUCAUAAUGAAUUAUAAUUUCUGUAUGCCCGUAGAGAACUGUCUGGCAAAUAUUGCAAAACAAAAAAAUGUCUUUAUCAUCAAGAUCAAACAGAACCUACCCUUAUCCUAUCAUCAUGAGAAUCGUCAACAUCUACACCACCUCCCCCAUAGGUUCCACCUCCGCCGGCACUGUUUCUGUGAAGCUCGUCGAAAUCGGGCCACGUAUGACCCUUCAACUCCAGAAGGGAGAGGAAGGCUUCUUCGAAGGGUCCAUUCUCUUCCACGAAUUCGUCAAGAAGAGCGCAGAAGAGCAGGCCGUGAUCGCCAAACGCUUGCUCGACACUCAGAAACGCAAGGACCUGAAAGAAGCAGCCAUUGCGGAGACCGAAGCCAAGAAGGAAGAAAUGAGAAAGAAGCGAGAAGCAUUCGAAAACAAGAAGUUGGAGAAAGUGGCGAAGAGAAUCGGUGGGGAUGAUGAUGAAGAAGAGGAUGAAGAGAAUGAAGAUGCUGAGGAUGCUGGUGACAAGAAGACAGCUGCUAAGCGACAGAAGUUUAAUCCCUUUUCAUUUGCACGCAAGAAGAGCAAGGGGGAUCGGGAUGAUAACACUGUUGAAUUCGGAAGCAAUGCAGCUGCAGGAGGAGGCGCAUCUUCAUCAGCAGGUGCUGCGGGGGGUGGAUCUAGUAGUGGUACAAAACCGACUAAAAAGUCAGGAGGUGGAAAAGCCAGGACAACUUCUGCAGGAUCAGGUAAGAAAGGCUCAUCAGGAGCAGGAGGAAAGGGCAAAGGUAAAGGGAAGAAGACAUCAGUUAUGGACAAAUUCAAGAAGGCGACUGGUGGAGACUCAAGUGCUGGAGGUGGAAAGAAGGGCGGCGGGAAGGGUGUCCAGAAGAAACUAGGUAGAAAGGGAAGAGGUAGGGAAAAAGCAAGAGCCGCGGAUAAAAGCUGAGCAGGUGAGCAGAUCUUUAUGUUGAAGAAGAGGAAAACAAUUAUAGAUCACAAAGGUAAUCGCAAAUAUUUUCAAUCAUUCCCCGUUGUACUUGCACCACGACUCACAUGAUAGCUGCUGCAAGAUGAACUCAUACUCAACGCCCGAUGAGAUUUCGUAGAUUAUGUUUGCAAGAUGAAUUAUCACGAUCAUGUUCAAAGCAAAAACAGAAAGUACUUUCUUACAAGGUAAGU